ACUAAGACUGGAAUGUCAAUUGUCAAAUUUUUACUAUAAAUUCACCUUGAAAUUCAUUUUUGGGUAAAAUUACUUUGUAAACGAACUAUGAAAAGUAAACUAUAAAAUACUGGUUGACUUAUAAUGGCAGCACUACGCCGCUGUUGGAUCUUCUUUUUGAAGUUUCAUCUUAUGUUGUCAAUUAGUGAUGCCAUAAACAGAAAGUUAUCAAUCCAAGAAUUCAAAUGUCCACCAUCAAAUUGUAGUCAAGAGACAAGUCUGGUUUGGGUGAAAGCUAAAGCAGAUGACAAUACCACCAUUCAUUAUUUGUGGACAACCUAUCCAGUUCCUACGAUUGUUGUGGCAUAUACAACAACACAUCGUGAUGUUAAAUUGCAUUUGAAUUGGGAAAAAAUGGUUAAUACAAGCACUCGAGAUUCAUCAUUACGCUUUGAGCCACCUGUGAAAUAUUCUUUUGGUUUCUCCAUCCCAAUAAUAUAUGAAUAUAAUGAUGUUCAUGACAAGGCUGUAAUACAAGGUAACAAGCAUGUGGUGAAGCAUGCAUUUGCCAAGAGCACAAAGUGGAAAGUGAAAAGAGAUGAUUCAAAAGGAAAAGUAAAAUUCACAACUGCAAAUAAUUCUAUCAUAUUAGUGUUUGUAGCUUCAACAUCACCAGGUCGUGAGAAAAAGCUUCCUUGUGAAAAAUAUACAGCAGAUAGUUGCAGAUUCUCUCUUACAAUGGACCAUGUGAAAGUAGCGACAAACAAUACAAGGUUUGCUGUUGAGAUAAACUACAUUUAUGAGGGAGAUAAAAAGCCUGACAUGGCAAAAAAGAGGCUUUUUGAUGAUGAAUAUUCACCAGGAGUGUUUGAGAUUGUGUAUGGCAAAGUCUCUAGUGUGAAUGGUACAGCUUAUGCACAAUGGAAACCAAUUGCAUACACCAAUCCUGAGCUAGGACGCAAGGUUCAAACAAAGGCAAUAGCUUCAAGUUUCAAGAUUGUCAAAAGAUCAUGGAAUAUUGGUGAUGCUUUGAUUGGCAGUCAUCAAGUGUAUGGUGUUAAUUUGUCAUUUGGUGUAACCAAAGAUGGUUUUUACCAAAAGAAUCAUUAUCUAACAUGGAGUGGUAUAGUCGGUUAUGGUAAGCCAGCUACUGAGACAAUGUCAUUUCUUGUUAUCCUGAUCAUAUCCAUUGGUCUUGGUCUACCUAUAGCCAUCAUUGUCUUUGGAGGAACGUAUUUGCAAAUAAGGAAAAGAUGCUGUAAAUCAAAUCGUGGUAUAUCUUAUGCACAAAUUAACUGAUCUGACAAUAAUUCAUUGUACUUUUGAAAAUUUUGCAAUAAAGCAGUUUUUAUAUGA